AUGAAAGAAAUACAGAUAUCACCUGUUCCAGAUUUACACCUUGCAGAUUAUAUUUUUAUACUUUUGAAUGAUAAACAUUUAGAACGGCAAAAAGAAGCAAUAGAAUCAUUAUUAAGUGCAAUUAAAGAAGGAAAACUUUCAUUUUUAUACCUCUAUCUUCAUGAACGUUUUAAAAAUUUUCCUUUUGACAUAGCAAUUUACAAUGAUUUAAAAGCUGAAAAUGAUAAAGAAUUAGAAAAAUUUGAUAAUGAAAUUAAAGAAAUUCAAGAAAUGGAUGGUGACCAAAAAAUAGCAGAUAUAUUAAGAAGAAAAGCAGAGUUUUUUGCUCGUAUCUGUGAUAAAGAUCGAGCAUUGGAAUCAUAUCAAGAGGCAUAUAAUAAUAAUACAGCUAUAGGUUUUCAAAUUGAUAUUUUAUUUGGAAUUAUGAGAAUUGCUUUAUUUUUUUCUGAUAUUCCGCUUUUUAUUCGUAAUAUGGAUAAAGCAAAGAACCUUGUUGACAAUGGAGCUGAUUGGGAUCGGAAGAAUAGACUAAAAACAUAUAUGGCGCUUCAUUUUAUGAAUAUACGGAACUUCAAGGAAGCGUCUCGUCUUUUUCUUGAUAGCAUAAGCACUUUUACUAGUACUGAGUUAAUGGAAUAUGAAGAUGUUGUAAAAUAUACAAUAAUAACAGGUUCUAUUUCCUUAGAAAGAGUUGAAUUUAAACAGAAGAUUGUAGAUUCACCAGAACUACUUAGUGUUGUUAUUACAGAUAAAUUAUUCGUAUCUUUAAAAAACAUGGUUAAUUCAUUAUACUAUUGUAAUUAUGCACUUUUUUUUCGUGCGCUUGCAGAAGUAGAAGAAAAUUAUCUUAGAAUCAAUCGAUAUCUUUUUCUUCAUGCUGAUUAUUAUGUUCGGGAAAUGAAAAGAAAAUCAUAUGCUCAAUUACUGGAGAGUUACAAAGCACUAUCUAUCACUUCUAUGGCAUCUGCAUUUGGCGUUUCUGCUGAAUUUAUUGAUAAAGAUUUGUCAAGAUUUAUUGCAAAUAAGCAAUUAAAUUGCAUUAUUGAUCGAGUAAAUGGAAUAAUUGAAACUAAUAGACCGGACAGCAAAAAUGCACAAUAUCAAUUAUUAAUAAAACAAGGUGAUCACUUACUUAAUAAACUUCAAAAAUUCCAAGCAAGAAUUAUGGCUGGUAUGUGA